AUCAUCUGGAUGCUGACGGAGAAAUGCAAAGAGCUGGAAGCCCAGCUGGAGGAGCACCUGAAAAUGCAGAGCCUCCUGGCCAAGGUGAAGAAGUCCAACGGGAGCCUCUUCCAGCAGAACUUGCUUCUCCGAGAAGAGCUGAGCAUCCUGAAAGAAGAACUGAGCCAAAAGCUAGCCAAGGAGCACGACCAGAUGAAGUUGCUGCAUAGCGAACAGCAGCGCAGGCUCAAUGCCGAGAGGCUGCUCAAGUACACCGCUCAGGGCCUCAAGGAAGUGCUGACG